UUAAGCAGAAUCCACAUUCAAUUCAUGAGUUCUUAAACGCAAUAUGAAUUCCUCCUAACGAGCCACCGUGCCGCCCGUUCGGAAUUGUCGUUCGUUACUGUGCUGUCCGUUUCCUUUAGAGUGAACGUACAACUACAAUUAUUUGUCACGGUUGGGGUAGGCUGUAUGGAGAUUUCGCGGAACGCCACAAUUCUUUGAAGGAUGGAGUCGCCGCCGACCCUGGAGGCCACUUACCAGGCCGUGUACUCUUUAUAUAAUAAUACAAAUCCAAACGAACCAGUGAAAGCGUCAGCAUGGCUAGGGGAGCUGCAGAAAUCGGUAUACGCAUGGAAGAUAGCUGACGAAAUGCUUCAUCAAAAACGGGAUGUACAGUCCUGUUAUUUUGCUGCGCAAACAAUGCGUACCAAAAUCCAACUUUCUUUUCACGAAUUACCUCCAGAAGCUCAUGCUUCACUGAGGGAUUCGUUGAUGGACCAUAUAUUACAAAUUAAUGAGAAUACUAAUAAUGCUAUUGUCACACAGUUGUGCUUAGCAUUAGCAGAUCUGGCCCUACAAAUGUCUUCAUGGCAAAAGCCAGUAGUGGAUUUAAUUAAUAGGUUUGGGGGGAGCACCAUUUAUCUGUGGCCAUUACUUGAAAUACUGACAGUGCUCCCAGAAGAAGUAAAUUCCAGAUCACUUAGAUUAGGAGCUAAUCAUAGACAACAUAUAUUGCUCGAACUUAAAGCAAGUGCAGAUAUCUUAACAGAGUUUCUGAAAAUGUGUGUGAAGAAUGGUGGAGAAAAUGUACAAAUACGAGUCACUACUUUGCGAUGUUUCACCAGUUGGAUAACUGUUCAUGCAAUACCACUGGAAGCUAUACCCUCGAGCGACGUUGUCGCUUAUGCUUUGCAGAUACUCGGCAAUCACAUGGAGGGUUCGCAAUUGCACGAAGCAGCCUCCGAUUGCAUUUGUGUGAUUCUGCAGGCGUUAUAUGCAGAUAAUAAUGCAAAUCACGAUAGCGAAAACCAGCUGAGCGUGCAGUUACGACAAUUGCAAUCCUGUCUCUUCGCAAGUGUGAUGAAUCUGGAACAACCGUAUCACUUGUCUGUCGCGCACGAGGACACAGAAAAAUCUAUAAAUUACUGCCGAAUAUUUACGGAAUUAGCUGAAACUUUUCUGGACACCAUGGUGGCGGGUAGUGAAGGAGGGAAACAGCAUUAUGCCAUCAAAAUUUUAGACCUUGUCCUAACAUGUGUUGGUCACCAUGAUUAUGAGGUUGGACAAAUAUCGUUCAAUUUGUGGUAUCGGCUGUCGGAGGUUCUUUAUCACAAGAAUAGCGACGAUCUCAAUGCUAUAUUUCGGCCUCACAUUGAGAGACUGAUCGGUGCUCUCUGUAGGCAUUGUCAAAUGGAACCUGAUCACUUGGGUCUCGUGGAAGAAGGUGUGGGAGGUGAAGAAUUUGCUGACUUCCGAUUUCGCGUGUCGGAUCUGAUCAAAGACGUAGUAUUCAUAGUCGGAAGUAGCCACUGUUUCCGACAAAUGUUCUCGUCAUUGACCGGUGGACCUGGACCACAAGGUCAACCUAUACAUACACCUACUUGGGAUUCGACCGAAGCUGCACUUUUUAUAAUGCAAGCAGUGGCAAAGAACAUUCUACCGGAAGAAAACGAUGUGGUACCCAAGGUAGUAGAGGCUAUACUCAAUUUACCAGAAAAUACCCACAUAGCUGUGCGGCACACCAGUAUUCUUCUAUUAGGUGAACUAUGCGAAUGGAUAGAUAGCCAUCCACGAUCUUUAGAGCCAGUGUUGAAUUUCCUCUUGGCGUGUUUAAAUCAAAAAGGUUUAGGAAAUGCCGCCUCAGGUGCGUUAUUAAGUAUUUGUACAGCCUGUCCAUUGCAUAUGGCAUCACAUUUCUCUGGACUUCUUCAAAUAGCAUGUUCUUUGGAUAAUUUUGCUAUUAAUUAUGACGCAGCCCUUGGCCUAUUAAAAGGAGUGUCGGUAGUAUUGGCGAGAUUACCAGAAGAAGAGGUCACCAGAGCAAUGAGAGAACUGUGUGGUUUCCACGCGACUUCUCUAUGGACACUCCUAUCGGACAGAAUUCCAAUUGAGAGAGGAACAAAGACUGAUCCUGUGAUAUGGCUGGAUAGAUUAGCCACUGUAUUUAAACAUACUAAGCCUGCAGUAGCGGAAGAUCCCAAUAAGCCUCAUCCUUGUGAAGGCAUAGUCACCGAAAUGUGGCCAAUACUAUCUAAUGUGUGCACGACAUAUCAGCGGGAUGUACGAAUCAUGGAGAGAUGUUGCCGUUGUAUACGCUUCGCUAUACGUUGCGUAGGUCCACGUUCGGCCCAUUUGCUCGAGCCGAUCAUAAAAGAGAUUGUACCGUUGUAUACAUUAAAUCAACAUAGUUGCUUUUUGUAUCUCGGAUCUAUAUUAGUGGACGAAUUCGCCAAAGACGCAAUAUGUGUGUGGAAUUUAUUGAAUAUGUUACAAGCUCUCAUCGGUCCAACUUUCGCUCUUCUUGAGGAAGAGGAUGGUUUAAAGAAUCAUCCGGACACAGUAGACGAUUUAUUCAGACUAUGCGCCAGAUUCCUUCAAAGAGCACCUGUUCCCUUGUUACAAUCUCCCAUUAUCGGGAGCAUUGUAGAUUGUGCGAUAAUGGCAUGCAGUUUGGACCACAGGGAUGCUAACAGCUCAGUAAUGAAAUUCUUUUACGACCUCUUGAACAGCGGUCGUAUUCACAAGGAUCGUCCGGAUUACACGAGACGGCGACAAAUGGUGCAAAGCAUAUUACAAGAGAAGGGUCAUACAUUCGUUAUAAAAUUACUGCACGCCUCGGUGUUUUCAUUACCGUCUUACAUGUUGUCCGAUAUAGCAGAUGUAAUUAUAGAACUUGUCCAACAUGAUAGAGAGCUCACGUCAAAAUGGCUGGAAGAAGCUAUCAAGACAAUGCCAUCGCAGAAUGCGAGUGGUUCUCCUACAGCCACGCCCGAACAACUGCUCGAAUUUCAUAAUACAAUUACGAGUGCAGAGUCAGCGAAAUCUGUUACUACCGCUCUGCGAAAUUUUGCACGCCUGUAUCGCUGAUGCGUUCUGCUGAUGCGUGCGAUAUAUUCGUUUUAUUAAAUUCUCCUUAAAUUACAAAUUGCGAAGAUCUUCCAUCAAGCUUUGAAUACGUCGUCGUCGUUGGUGAGUGAAAAUUUCAAUACGACGAGAUGUAAUACAGUGAGUCGAUGUCGUAGAAAUACAGCAGGAGAGAAAGAGAAAGAGAAAAUUUUCCUUGAUUACUAUCUAUAGUGAUGUUUGCAAAGUAUAUCGAUACACAUCUCGUACUUGGAGAUGCAUCUUUUUUUUGUAAGCAAUUAUACAAAAGAGGAAAUCCAUCGUAUUUGUUUAUACAUUUAUUUGUAUUAUCUCUUUCGUGCAUUUUGAUACACAUUUAUGUUUUGCACAUUAAUGAUCGUCGCAAGAAACUAUUAUUAAUUUAUACAAUAUCUAUUAUUAGAUAUGGACAAAUAUUUAUAUGUGUAUAAAACGAACAUUUUCAAAUUUAUGAUAUCUUUUAUUUAUAUAUCAAUAAAAGAAUUUAUCUUUGGGCAAAUAAUUUUAUACAGAUGGAAGAAAACAUAUACCUUGCAGACAUACUAUAAACAGUAAACGCGUAAAAAUCAUGAAAACGAAAUGUAUGCGUGCUGACCACUUUAUUUAUAAAUUAACUAGAUUAUACUGACUCAUUUUGCUUGUGUGUGAAAUAAUCUGUUAAUCGACAAAAAUUUUAUAACACUAUUUUUUACUGUCUCGACUACUAUUUUGACGUCACAAUUACAUUUACUUAGCAAACAAAUUUUAUCACAUUUAUCUUCGCAUGAACGAAUACAGUUCAUGGCCGACGAAUAAUAUAUGUGGAAAGCACAUUUGUGAGAAUUAAAAUAACUUUUAGGCCUGCAUCUGCAAAUGUACUACAAUGUUCAUUAUUUUGGAAAGAAUACAAAUCUUUAUUGCCUCUAUUGCAUACUUAAACAUUUGUGUGCGCAUAUGUUAUAAUUAAAAACGAAGAUUUUAGUAUAAAGUUUGACAAUGACAUCCGUUGUUGUUCCUCAACUUAUACUGCACAAGACACUAGGCAGCAUUUCUAAAUUAAAUGAUGAUUAUAUUACUUAACAAUUUACUCGGCCUUUUAAAACCAUUUGUAGUUAAUUUUCAAUUUGUAUUUUAUAAUAGCGUUAUAGCAAAAACAAUUUUCUCGCGAUUGUAUCAAUACACGUGAAGUAAUUACUCCAAUUACAAUUUUGUGUAGAAAAUUUUAGAAGUUUAUACAAAAUUUUCCAUGUUUGCACAUAUAAAGUCCAUUUCUAGUACGUAUAUAUGUACACACAUAUAUAUAUAUAUAUAUAUAUAUAUAUAUAUAUAUAUAUAUAUAUAUAUAUAUAUAUUUUAAGCAUGUUCUAAUAAUUGUACAAUAUAUAUAUGAUAAUCGUACGUAAAAUAGCACUUUGCUGCAAUACUGUUCGUAAAGGAUGAUUACAUUCGUUUGUUCAUAAACGAAUACAAGGAUAAUUGAUAUAUUGAUAGUGUUACGUUAAAUCUAUGUUUAAGUGUACAGAUAGUUUACAUAUGACAAAUUUAAGACACUGCUUUUCAUGGAGUGUUAAUGUACAGAUGAAUUACUGUGGUAAAGAUAAGUAAUAAUAGAGAGAGUGAGAGAGUGAGAGAUAGAGAGAGAGAGAGAAAUGGUUGUAACGUACACACAUAUGUACUAUGUGCGCAAAACGCACGGCGUGAGAAACAAACCCGUUCGUCUUCGAUGGUAUACACCUAUGGGAUAUCCACCUACGAAUACCGUCAACAAUGUAGCAUUUACGUUGUUAAAGCUAAUCGUCGUCAUUUUGUUUUUCGUAUAGUAACGGCUCAUCGAUCAAUCGCAAAAUAAAGUGAUAUUUUUUACGGAA